AAUUCGAUCGUCAUUACAUACAUCGUAGUCACUCGGGUGUAUUCAUUUCCUAAAAAAAUAAUUUUAAAAAAUGGAGAAACUUUUAAUCUUCUCGUGUCUAGUAAUUUUAUUUUGUACUAGCGUUCUCACAGAAGAGCGACAAUAUUACGAAGAGGAAGUGGGUGCCUGGCAUUUACAUACUUUUCUCUUCGAGGUUAAAAAUUCCAGUGUGGAUGAAGCAUUAAGUUUUAGGAGGAAGCUGAGGGAAAUGAUCAAUGAUGGAAGAUUGGCAGAGUGUUCUCUCAACCAGAUUUUCAUCGGAUGGUACGGACCAUUUCCAGUUUCUCAGUAUGAAAUGUGCUGCAAUGCCACGUCCUUCAACGCUGCGCACUCCUUUAUGGCGCAAAAUCAUGGGAACUUGUCCGUGUUUAUUCAUCCACUCACCAUCUUUGAUGUCAUUGAUCACACAGAAAGGUCAUCGUGGUUAGGUCAAGAGGUUAUUUUUGACAUGGAGUGCCCAUGUUGGUAUCCAGAAUUACCCAAGCCAAAACCAUGCCCAGUUUAUCCCGAUUAUCCCGACACCCUUCCCGAAAGUAUGGAUGACUAUCAGAUUCCUUUGCCUGGAACUGAAGACUAUUGGCAUCUUAAUAAGGAUUUUGACAUUAUGAAGGACCCCUACUAAAUAUGACGUCGCUUUAACAUUUUAAUUAAGAUUAGCACAACUUAUCUAUCUUUUGUAGAGCAUGUCCAACAUGCAUGAUAAUUAAAUUGUUUGUCAACCUAUUUAUGUAUAAGAGAUAAGUGGACGAUGUCAAGCAGUUACACCUUUUUUUGCACUCAGCAUUUACAUGUUCUCGGUUUCACAGUAUAUUGCAUAUUUAUGUAACAGGAGUUUUUAGUGUAAAUAACUCUCCUUUAAAAUUGAUUCUCUCCGAGUUCAAGUAACAAACUGGCGGAGACUUUACUCAAAUUUUCGAAUUUAUUAAUCAUCAUGCACAGCAGUUUGAUAACUUUGCCCUUACUGGCAUUACUCCUAUUCGUUGGAUCACAAGCCCAAAAUUUACAUAUUUGCAAUACCCACUGUGACAACAGGGACGCUUCCGAGGUGUCCGACGGUGCCCGAGUUGUCGCCACUUCGACCAUAAAUGGGAGAGAAAUACGGCUCAUCAUCUCUGACACUGAUAACAUGGGUUUCGCCAUAAUUAUUAACGGGACAGCAAGGGACGAGGUCUGGUUGGACCGUUCCUUCGAUGCCGGCCUGAGCUGGGAAAACGGAAGUCUGUUAGGAUUCACGACAAUCCCGCAAGGAGUGAAUUAUGCCACGACAACCAUGUUCAACGUGGAUUACGACGCUGUUAAAGGUCUUGGAGCGUUAAGAGCGUGCGGGCGAGGGCUUGAUCCUAGUCCUGGACCUUUGACCUGUACGGAGUGGGCAAGAUCCAAUGUACACUCGGAAACGCGGAUUGACGCCGCAGCAACAGCUUUGAUGCAGUACUUUAAUGGUCAACUCUGGCAUACGGUGGGUUGGUGGAACGGAGCGAAUGUGCUGACAGCUCUCAUACAAUAUAUGAAAUUUACAGAUUCUCGAACCCAUUUUCACGUUAUUGAAACCGCCUACACCGAAAACCUUGACGGUUGGGAUGGAAAUUUUACCAGCGAUGCUCUCGAUGACACGGAGUGGUGGGCGCUUGCCUGGAUUGACGCCUACGACGUUACCGGGAAUCAAACUUAUUUGGCAAUGGCACAGUUUGAUGCGGAUUAUAUUUAUCAAUAUGUCGACUCUGUUUGUGGUGGAGGGGUGUGGUGGAGCACGGCCAGAACGUACAAGAACGCUAUCACGAACGAAUUGUACAUCCAACUCGCGGCCGCGUUACACAACCGAAUUCCCGGCGAUACUAAAUACCUCGCCCAAGCGAUCGAAAUUUGGGAGUGGUUCAAGCAGAGUGGAAUGAUCAAUGAGGAAAGCUUGAUCAAUGAUGGACUCCGAGACGACUGCACGAGUAAUAGGGAUACGACUUGGACAUAUAAUCAGGGCGUCAUUCUCGGAGCGUUGGUCGAACUCUACAGGGCGACGAAUGAUUCGACCUAUUUGUCGGAAGCAACUACAAUUGCAGAUGCGGUUCUGCAGAGUCCAAUUUUAACAAGAAAUGGAGUCUUGACUGAACCUUGUGAAUAUUCUGGCCAAGUCGGAUGCGGAGAUCACACUGGGGGCUGUGAUUGCAAUCAGAUCGCAUUCAAGGGAAUUUUCCUCCGUCAUUUGGGCGAACUAAACCGAAAUUUGGGGUCAAAUGGCCAAGGUCCUUAUCAAGCGUAUCUGAACCGACAGGCUGAUACCACGUACGCCUCUAACCGAAAUAUUCUAAAUCAGUAUGGAAUUCACUUUGCCGGACCACUCGAAGACAUCAAUGCUUCGACACAACAAAGCGGUUUGGAGGCAUUCACUGCAACAUUGUUUCCAAGAUUUUAAGUCAAUUAGACACAAGAAUGAGUUUUAUUUGCUUUAUUGCCAUUCAUGAAAUAAAAUCUUCCGAGAAACUGAAAAUAUA